UCAAACAAACGAACAAAACAAAUCCAAGUACGGUACCGUAUUGUCGAUGAUGACGUGACAUACCAGUUCUCUUGGCUUUAUUUUGUUGAUCUCAUUUCUCUCACAGAAAAUGGUGGCGGAGAAAGCGAUGCUUUAGAGGCUCAGUUCAAUGUCCUUCUCUCUCUAACAUAACACAAAACAAAACUAUGUCUCACUUCUUCCGAGUCUCUAACGUUAAGAGUUCAGUUAGUUAAGACCCACUUCUCUCUCUACACAAUUCCAUGUUGGGGGUUUGAUCCCCAAGCUGAGUGCAUUUGGGAAUGGCGGAACCUUCCACUUCAGAUGUUUCAGUCUAUUCCACAGACAACAAGUUCUGGAAAGGGGCAUUUGCUGUCGCUGGAAUCAUGCUUACCCUCGUUACUUAUGGUGUCUUGCAGGAAAAGAUCAUGAGAGUACCGUAUGGGGCAGAAAAAGAGUAUUUCAAGUAUUCACUGUUUCUUGUUUUCUGCAACCGCAUCACAACAUCUGCUGUUUCUGCUGCUUCUUUGCUGGCAAGUAAAAAAACGAUGGACCCUGUAGCUCCCAUUUAUAAGUAUUGCCUUAUCUCGGUAUCAAACAUACUAACUACAACUUGCCAGUAUGAGGCCCUUAAAUAUGUUAGUUUUCCCGUUCAGACCCUUGCAAAAUGUGCAAAAAUGAUACCAGUUAUGGUAUGGGGUAUUCUCAUUAUGCAGAAGAGAUAUCAGGGGCCUGACUAUUUGUUGGCCUUUUCAAUUACCCUUGGCUGCUCAGUAUUUAUCCUAUAUCCGGCAGGAACCGACAUAAGUCCUUACAGUAGAGGAAGGGAAAAUACAGUUUGGGGCAUUCUCCUAAUGAUUGGCUAUCUUGGGUUUGAUGGCUUUACAAGCACAUUCCAAGAUAAGCUGUUUAAAGGCUAUGACAUGGAGAUAUAUAAUCAGAUAUUUUACACAACAUUGUGUUCUUGUAUUCUUAGCCUGACAGGUCUUAUCAUACAAGGACAUUUAAUACCAGCAAUAGAGUUUGUUUAUCACCAUCAUGACUGUUUCUUUGACAUAGCAUUACUUUCGACUGUUGCGACAAUUAGUCAAUUUUUUAUUUCCUACACAAUUCGCACUUUUGGUGCUUUGACAUUUGCAACCAUAAUGACCACGAGACAGUUGGUGAGCAUUAUGCUGUCAUGUGUGUGGUUUUCCCAUCCUCUUAGCUGGGAACAGUGGAUUGGAGCUGUCAUUGUCUUUGGCUCCCUUUAUGCAAAAAGCUUCUCGCGGAAAGCACCUCAAAAGACAACCCCCUCUGAAGCACUUGUGCAAAAUGGGGAUUCAAAUAAUUUGAAGGACAAUCCGUGACUGAGAUGGAGGUAAAUUUUACUGAGCUGACACCUGAUAAUGUCUGCAGUGGUGGGGUGGCUUCACUUUUAAGUUCAGAGUUGGACAUUCAAUAUUGAAGAUCAUGGAUAGUUUCACUAUACAGAGUUUGUUUGACUUAAAAUCCAGACAGCAUCAACUGCAGCUAGAUUCGUGGAUUUUGAUAUCACAGUCAUAAGAAUAGAGAACUUGAAAUGAUUUUAACCCCGACUUUUUUCCGUAGGGGAGAUCAAUUAUAGACUGACUAGAGCCAAAAGAUGUUUAUAGAUUGAAACUUGUACAAUGCAUUUGCUUUUGCAAAGUUGUUACUUUGUUCUGUUUUUCAGAUAUGUGUAGAGGACAGAUAUUUCUAGGACCCAUUCUUUACUUAAUACCGUAAUUGGCAAUUU